AUGCCUCCAGUUACUAUUCUGAAACCUGAAGAUAAAACAUUAAUAAAGAAAGCUCUUCCAUCUAAAAAAGGGAAUAAAAUCUUGAAUGCAACGGUUGCCCGACUUUACGUAGCAUAUCCUGAUGCAAAUGCUUGGACGUAUACCAAAAUCAUGGGAGCGGUAGCUCUUGUCAAGGAUAAUUCAAAGAAUUCGUUCUUUUUUAAAAUUGGAAAUCGCGGUAUUCUAUGGGAACAAGAACUCUAUAAAAAUUUCCAAUAUACUGUUGAACUUCCAUUCUUACAUACUUUUGCCCUUGAUGAUUAUCUUGCUGCUUUCUCCUUUGCUGAUGAACAAGAUGCCAAAAUCUUUCACAAAAAAGUUACAAAUAGGGAAAAGAUUUCUUCAAAGUCUAAUAAGAAAUCUCAAAAAGAAAAUAAGAAUAGUGGUGGCGGAAUUUUUGGCAUCGGCAGGUCUAAGAGUAAAAUUGAUAAAUCAAAAAUUAGUGGACCAACGGAAUUUAGACAUCUUGGACACAUUGGAUAUGAUGAACAGAAAGGAUUUGAUGUGCAAAACAUUGACCCUGAAUGGAAAGGGAUUAUCACUCAAUUAGGAGAGUUGGGUAUCAGCAGUGAAGAAAUAGAAAAAAAUGCCGAUUUCAUUAAUGACUAUCUUAAAAAUAAUAAUCGUAAGCCAGCAAAUCCUCCCGCUAGGAAUGAUCGUAAAUCAAUCAAUCCCCCCGAACCACCAAGUAGACUUUCUCCAAGAGUAUCACCAAUUCCUGCUUUUCCAACACUAUCUCCGCCUGCCCCACCUACUCUUCCUUCACGUCCUCCUGCUCAACAACCUGUGGUCGCACCUCCACCCCCGCCACCACCUGUUCGUCCUCUUAUUUCUAGUAAUGCUCCGCCACCGAUUCCACCUGCAAGAGUGACCAAUUCCAGUAUCGCACCUCCACCACUUCCACCAACUCUUCCGCCAGCUGUAAAUGGUAGAGCUAAUUUAAUGGAAGCUAUUCGUAAUAGGGGUGGGGUUAGUGGUGGUGGGUUGAGAAAUGUUGGUGAACCUGUUCGUCAAUCAACUAUUACGGAAGACUCAAGCCCAAGCGGAAGUGAUGAUACAAAUUUAGCGAAAACUUUAGCAGAUGCAUUAAAGAAACUUAAUAAAGAUAUGGGAAGUGACGAUUCCGAAUGA